GGUUCCCCAUCCUCCCACAACGCAUCGUUACCGCUGCACAAUGGACGCUUGACGACAUUAAGCGUCCAUCUCAAGAGUGCCGAAAGCGUUUAUGGAUUUGAUGAUGAUGAAAAAAAAAAAAUUCAAAUUCAAAGUGGAUUUCCAGUUGGACGAGCUCUCGUCGGUUCCUUUUGUAAAUGGGGUCCUCUUCUGUAAAAUCAGACUCUUGGACGGGGGAUUCUCGGAGGAGUCUUCUCGGGAGGCAGUCCAGGCCAACUGCGUGCGGUGGAGGAAAAGGUUCUCGUUCCCCUGUAAGAUGAGUGCCAAUGCUGGGACUGGUGUACUGGACCCCUGUGUGUGUCGCAUAUCAGUCAGAAAGGAGCUGAAGGGGGGGAAAGCAUAUGCAAAGCUUGGUUUUACAGAUCUGAAUUUAUCAGAGUUUGCUGGUUCAGGAAGUACAACCCGAAGAUGUCUGCUGGAGGGUUACGAUACCAAAAAUACGCGCCAGGAUAACUCAAUUCUGAAGGUUAUCAUCAGUACUCAGCUAAUGUCUGGAGAUCCCUGUUUUAAAACGCCACCUUCUACCGCGACUGUGAUUGGGGUCCAAAGUGAUGGAGAAAGCCUGCUGGAGGAGAGAAGGGGCGGUGACUCACAAAAAGUCUCUUGUGAGAGUCGAGAAGUCAAGUGUGCUGUGGUGUCUGACGAUCUUGGCGGCUGUGGACACUCGCGGACUUCCAGCUAUGCCAGCCAACAGUCCAAACUCUCAGGCUACAGUACAGGGCAUUCGCGCUCGUCCAGCAUGUCAGACUUUAGUCAUCAUCGGAACCAUUCUGUGGGAAGCGCCUCAACCGGCAUCGGCAGCAUCCCAGAACCAUGUGAGGAUAGAGACCGAGAGUCAAGACCAUGUCCUGCCCUGCUUGAACAUCCACUUUCCACCACCAACUCAACUUACUCUGUGGGUUCUCCGGUCCGAAGCGCCUCAUCCUGUGAACGACUUAACAGGCAUCCAGUGAAGCAGGACUCUAUGGAGUCUCGGCUAAAGAGAAUGGAUGAUACUCGAGUGGAUGCUGACGAUGUAGUGGAAAAAAUUCUCCAAAGCCAAGACUUCACACCCAGCCUCCUUGACUCUACUGCAGAGGAGGAGGGCUUACGCCUGUUUGUUGGCCCUGGCGGAAGUACAGCUCUAGGAAGCCAUCAUCUUCCUGCCAGGGUUGGUGCUGGAGCAUACGAGCAAGUGGUAAUAAAGCGUUGACGUGGAUUAUGGCCUGAGUGCAUGCACCCAUGCCCACAAGAAAAAAAAAGGGGAAGUAGGGUUGUGACCAUUUGUCUUCUUCUUGCUACAUAUCACAUUAGCAAUCCAAAGUCUUACAAUUGGUGACCAGUGAGUGGCAGAUGUCGCAGUAGCGCCUCUGUGUUUUUACCGACAACUGACCACUUGCUUUCUGACACUUGUGUAAUGUGUAGUUGUCCAGUGGUAUCACAUUUAAAUGUGGCAAAAAAGUUUGAUUUUUUUCCCCCCUGUCUUGUUAGUAAGGGGUACCUACCUAUGUUAAUGCCAUCCACAUAUUUCCACCAUGAUCACCUAAUUUUCUAAACAAACUCCUGAGAACGAAUGUGCCGAAGAAAAAAGGAUCAGAUUGCAAGAGGAUUUCAACGCAUUGCAAUUUCAAUACAUUCCUUUUAGUUCUGUACAGUUUUUAACUUCCUUUUAUUUUUUUGCUUAUUUUUGCAUUGAAGCUGCUGAGAGGCUAUUGUAAACACCUUGAAAUUGGGCAAAAUAAUAAUUUACUAUACAGAACAGGUGUCAGGAGCUUUACAAUGUGCGUGCAUACAGACCAAUUUUAACUGUAUUUACAUUAAUCAGAGACUGUGAGGCCCCAUAACUGAGUGGUUAGAGCAUUUGUUUGGUAAACCAGGGGUUGUGGGUUCAUAUCCCACUGGGGCCUCCACUCCCUGAGAAGGGUUGCGUCAGGAAGGGCAUCCGGCGUAAAAAUUGUGCCAAACAAAUAUGUCCGUUCAUCUGAGCUGUGGUGACCACAAAAGGGACAAGCUGAAAGAAACUUACAUUAAUCAGAGACUACUUUUGUCAGUCUCAAAGUACACUGUAGAGAACAUUCUAACAUUAUUCUGGAAGAGACAUAACUGAGUGUAUAAGUGGUAAAAGCAACUACUUUGAUAAAUUUACUUCAAAACUCCAACAAACCAGUGUUACCCGUGACAAUUCUUAGUGCAGUACUUAACGGCCAGGUUGCUGUGCUUUAGCUGUACUACAGUUUUGUUUUGUCUGCAUUAACCCUUUAGACCUAAAAAGAAGCCAAUAUAAACUAUCAAUGAUCAUUUGGGACAUAAAUUACAUCUGAGGUACUGAUAUCACCACCCAUGUAUUAUAUAUUGAAUUUUGUCUCGAUGUGCCCUGUGAUUGGCUGGCAACCAGUUCAGGGUGUACCCUGUCUCCUGCCCGUUGAAAGUUGGGAUAGGCUCCAGCACUCCGCGCGACCCUCAUGAGGAUAAGCGGCAAAGAAAAUGGAUGGGUGGAUGGACUUACCACUGGUGGACUGACUAGAAUAGCCUGAAAUACAUGAACAAUAUUCAGUCAUUUAUUCAUCUUCCCUACCGUUUAUCCUCACUAGGGUCACAGGCAUGUCCUCGGAAUUGUGAGGCAGACUUGCUAACAAGGUAUACACAUCAACAAUAUGAUUAUCAAAUUGUAGAACUAUAGGAAUAUACAUUGUUGUGAUGCCUGAUAAUUGAGAAGACCUAUUUGAAAAGAGUUUGACUAUAAAGCUUGCGCACGUGACGUCACCAUUUUCACGGCGCUAUAUUGCCGGUCAAAAAGAGCUGCUCGACAGUGUGGGUGACAUUGGACCGGAGCAGAAUAUUCACAAUGCCCGAGACCUGUUGUGCUGUUGGUUGUUACAACAGACGAGACAGAUAUUCAAAGAGAUCAUUCUAUAGAUAGCGAGCUGAAAAGACAUGAAAAGAUCGAUGGGUUUCGGCAAUUAAAUGUGAUGGCUGGUGGCCAAACAAAUACACACGACAGUGUAGCAAUCACUUAAUUUCAGGUAGGAAUUAUUCUUCUCAAUCUCAAAUUCCCAAGAGGUAUUUAUAAUGCCAAGUUGGUUCAUUUGAGAACAAUGUGUUUAAAAAAAAAAACAAAAAAAACAGGGAGUCAUCUACAACGUACACGAAAGCGUGUUGCGGCCACACAUUAAACUUGGGCAAACCUCUCCUCGACAGAAUUUUUUUUAAUAUGCAUUGUUCUCAAAUGAGUCCAAAACUGUCUGUUGCAGAGAUUUACGUAGGUUAAUGUGUGGCCCCAACAUGCUUCCGUGCACAGGGGCUGCAGCCUAUCCCAGUGGUAUGCAUUGGGUUUAUUUGAGAACGCAAAAAAAAAAAAUUCUCAGGGAGACCGAAGUUUAACGUGUGACCGCAACAUGCUUCCGUGUACGUUGGAGACGACUGUCUUGUUUUUUUUAAACGUAUUGUUUUCAAAUGAGCCAACUUGGCAUUAUAAAUACUUCUUGGGAUACGCUACGGAGGAGCCGACUCGCUUGUCCUCUUUUUUUUUCCCCAAUCAUAGUUAGUAAAUGCAAGUUUGUGUAAAACCAGUGGUCAUUUAUUUAAAUAUUGGUAUUUGUACUGAAUAGAUCUGAAAAGAUUGAUGGAUUUCAGCAAAGGUUAACGUGUAGCCAAACACACACUUCCCCAUUCACGAGUCGUCUCCCUGUUGAGAACGGAUCUAGUAUUUGUAUGCGUCCAGACUUUUAUACACUUUCGAACUUUUUUGUAUAAAUCUCGACAACUUACUCACCGGAUACAUGUGUAUAUCCAGUUGUCCAAGACAAGUGGAAGCGAAUUAACAGUCCAAUUCCUUAUCGGCGAAAACAUCGACUUCGGCAUGAAAUAUGGGUCCUCUAUGUCAAGUGUCUCUCAUUUUUCCACGUACCCUAGUUUAUUAUCACCUCCUAAAUAUUUAACGGUAUCGGACAAAACUCUGGGCGUCAUAUAAGACAUACUUUCAUGUCGUCUCGAACCGACUUAGCAUUGAACAAUGCUCUGUUUGACCGGCAAUAUGGCCAGUCACGUGAUUUCGGUGAUGUAGGGGCAUGAGCGCUAUACUCAAAGUAUUUUUAGAUUUCAAAAUUUCCAACAAAAAUGGUAGCAGUACUUUUAAAAAUUGUACAUACAAAAAGUCAAACUUCCACCCAACCAAUUUCUUUGCCGCUUAUCCUCAUGAGGGUUAUGGGGAGUGCUGGAUACUAUCCCAGCUGUCAACGGGCAGCAAGCGGGGUACACCCUGAACUGGUUGCCAGCCAAUUGCAGGGGACAUCGAGACAAACAGUCACAAUCACACCUAGAGGCAAUUUAGAGUGUCAAAUUAAUAUUGCAUGUUUUGGGAAUGUGGGAGGAAACCGGAGUGCCCAGAGAAAACCCACACAGACACAGGGAGAACAUGCAAACUCCACACAGACGGGGCCGGGAUCGAACCCAGGACCUCAGAACUGUGAGGCCAACACUUUCCAGCUGAACCACCAUGCUGCCCUGUUAUAAACUUUGGAACCACAAAUAUUUCAGUUUUACACAUCUGAUUUGGUAAAAUAUCAUACUGUAUUGUAUUAAACAUUAGGUCAUGUGUCACUAUUUAGUAUUGACCAAACAGUAUCAAAGGAUUUAUCUGUUGGGAUAUUUUAAAAAUUAUUAAUUUCUAAAUGCAUCUGAAAGCAAAGGCUCCAGUCCACGAAGAACAUACAAGGUAGUCAUGUACCGUAAUAAUUAAAAGUGUAAGUAACCCUUCUAAAAAUAAAAAAGUGCUGGACGCUUCCAUGUUAACAAGCUAGAGAGACCCAUCUGAAAUCUCCCUUUCAUAGCAGAGAUUCUUGUGAAAGUUUUUAUAAAUCAACUCGGAAAUUUCUUGAACGUAAAUUGACUUUUUGACAAAUUUCAGAACUCAUCACAGAAUCUAUUCUUAUCAAAGUGGUACAGUAAAUGAUAAAAUGUUAAAUACGGGAAACGUGUCAGUUCUGGUCUUGUUGGAUCUCGGUGUGCCUUUUGAUAUGGUAACACACAAUAUACUGCUAAACGAGUUGGAAAUGUGGGUAGGAUUAAAUGGAACAGUCCUUAAAUGAUUCAGGUCCUACCUGCAGGAAAGGUUAUUUUGUAACCAUUGGAAGUGUUCCAUCUUACCAAAUGGCAAAGACCUAUGGGGUCCCUCACCAGUCAGUUCUUAGAUCCUUCCCGUUUAGCUUGUACUGUAUAUUCUACCUUUGAGUCAAAUUCUUCAGAAUGUUAAUUUUGCCUCAUCGUCAUAGCUAUGGAGACAGUUAUAUCUAGCAGUGUCUCCAGAUGACUGUAGUCCAAUUGAGGUGUUGUGUCACUGUCUAAAAAAAGAUAACUGGCUGAGGCACAAAAUUCUUCAUUUAAACCACAAAACAGAAUUGUUUUUGGCCAAAAAGAAAACAUGACUGCUGUUGGUAAAUACCUGGAGUCACUCUCUCUAAAAAAAAAACAAAAGGACCAAGUUCAAAACCGUGGUGUACUGAUUUGGACCUGACUUUCAACAUUCAUAUCAAAUAAAUUACUAAUAUGGCACCAUAGUACCAUCUGAAGAUCAUAUCCAGAGUGAAGGCUUACAUGCGCCAAGCAGACCAUCCUUUUAUCUCAAGUAGACUUGACUAUUGUAAGAGACCUCUGACAAGACGCCCAAAAAGAAAACAUGACUGCUGUUGGUAAAUACCUGGAGUCACUCUCUCUAAAAAAAAACAAAAGGACCAAGUUCAAAACCGUGGUGUACUGAUUUGGACCUGACUUUCAACAUUCAUAUCAAAUAAAUUACUAAUAUGGCACCAUAGUACCAUCUGAAGAUCAUAUCCAGAGUGAAGGCUUACAUGCGCCAAGCAGACCAUCCUUUUAUCUCAAGUAGACUUGACUAUUGUAAGAGACCUCUGACAAGACGCCCAAAAAAAAGCAUUUAUCAGCUGCAGCUCAGGUUCCACUUUUAAAUAUUUCUUGCAUGUAUGCCAUUUUAAUUGUACUAUUUAUCCCCGUUUUAAAUGUUUAAGCACAAUGAGUUACCUUGUGCAUGAAAUGCACGACAUAAAUUUGCUUCACCAUUAAUUAGAGCUGUGUGAACCUGAGAAUCAAAAUCAAUGUUAAGUACAGUACUUGUAUCUACAAUGCGCUGUUCCUUGCAGUUAAUUACUCAUAUACCAUAAACUCGCUCGUUGUUACCACCGACGUUAUCAAGCCAAUGAAAAAUACAAAUGGCAAUUUAACUCGUGAAAAAAAAGUGGGAUUCACUUCCAUGUAACAAGAAAUGACAUCCAAGUCUGUCAUUUAUACAGCAUGUACAUCAAUUGAGCAUUCAUGAUUUGCACACAUAUAUUUGCACAAUUUUCAAAUUCAGUUUUGUUCAACUUGUUAUUUAGAAUGAAGGACAGAUUUAGAGAACCCUGCACAAAAUCAUGUAUUUUAAUUAGUAUUAUUCCUUUGGGUGUUUCCGUGUUCAGCAUGAUUUAAAUAAAUUGGAAAUACCAAGAUAUCACAGCGUUCGAUCUAAAUUGAUCCUGUGCCAUUUUUCCUAUGUUGUACUGUUUACAAAAUGUGUUCUACUCUUUACUUGUUCAAUAUGAAGUUAUUAUUACCGAAUAUCUGUGUAAAUUCAUUUUGUUAUUUAGCGGGAUUCUUGUUUUAAAUGUGACAGGUAAACUCAUGUGGGUAACAUGUUACAAACAUGGUUCCUUCCUCUCUUCUGUGAAGCUGUGUCUAUAUACAAGUGC